CAAAAGUUGGACUCAUAUGAGACACAGCAGCACGUGAUGAAUGGCUACAUCAAUGAUAAUAGCAUUCUUCACGAGCCUUAUGGCGAGUCCGGACACGAGAUCAGUAUAUUGCGAGACAAACUGCAAGAGUCGCACAAAAGCUAUCAUCUCGUGAAGAGUGUCAACGAAAGUCUUAAGAGAAAAAUACAGGUUUUGGACAAAACUCGCCGUAAGUCUGAACGCGAGGUACAGAUCAUCAGACAGUCGAGCGAUGAGUUGAAGCAGAGGUUGAAUGAGAUGUCAGUGCAAGAGAUGUCGACCCAAGACAUGGUUAGGCAGUACCUGAGCCACGACUACUCGGUGGUGGACAGCGGCUGCGGCAGUGGGCAGUCGUAUCGGUCGUUGUCGAUGCCUAACGUACAGCCGUUUAACACGAGUUGUGUUACCAUUAAUGCCAACGAAAUGACUGAAGACUUGAAGGACUUUUGCAUUAGUGAGGCGUCGAAAGCGCUGGUAGUCUACGGACACGACUAUAAGUCUAUCGCCGACACUAUUGUCGGCGCCUUUGAUGAGCGGUACGGCACGUGUUGGUACUGUUUGGUCGGCACCGACUCCUUUGAACAUAACUCGCUUCUCCACGUGUUUGGCACUUAUAUUUCGUUUACUAUGAAUGACGUAAAGAUUAUUGUCUUUAAGACAAAUGAUAUGCUGGAGUCCAAUCGACUGCUUCUGUGGUCCAAAGAAGGCCCGAAAGUGGAUAUUGUGUACAAAAAUCACUUCACAGACGAUAACGACUUCGAGGAAGUGGUGGUCGAGUCGGUGACCAAAGCUAUUGGCGAAGAGUUCGUGACAUACCGUGAGCUGACCCGCCGUUUGACUACAAUACUGAGCCAAAUCUCUGGCAAAAGGUAUGACCAGAAUUGGCUGGUGAUUGCCGGCGACAGCACCGGUAGCUUUGGACACGGAUUAGCUGAGGGCGACGACGGGGAACGCCCUUUCGAUACGAGCCUACACCUUGGUUACCCACAGAGAGCCGGUAGCCCUCAAAACCCCGGUAGUCCAGCGCCAGUGACAGAGCUCGACACCACAACCCCCUUCCCCGUGGACGAGGAGGACGUCACCCAACAUAUACCCCGAACACUGCCCACCACACGGGCGCCGGUGGUUGAGUUCAUAGACCCGGAGCCGGUGGUGCGCACAACGAUAGGGCCGCGACGUCUCAAUAUAAUACAGCGUUUAUUAGGGGCGGUGUUGGCCCCCUCCCGCGUACAGGUGGGGCCCAUACGGCUGGGCAUAAACGGCGAGUCCUUGUUUCGGAUGCCGGGUGUGAAACAGUUGGCCGGACCCGAGAGCCCGUUAGGCCAACUCAACCCAUACUUGGAUGAGAUCUACGGCCUCACCACCCAAGAGCCCAUAUAUAUCGCUAAUCGAUAG